AAUUGUGCGGACGUGCAAAAGCGGUCGGGGAUGCGAUGUCAGCAAUGCAUCCCCUGCUCCAGAAGUCUCCUGUGCUGCAGCCCAGGUUGAAAAGACGUACAGACGUCGGUUCUGGCUUAAGCCUGACGUUUCACACUAAAUUCUACCGCUGCUCUGUCGCGCUCCACGUCCGUGGGCGUGGCCUAACGGAUGGUCUGGGUAGCCAGGCAACUUGUUCUCGCCACUGUAAGAAAAAAGGAAUCUUUACCUUGUGUCGUUGUUGCUUCAAUUUCCGUAUCGACUCCUUUCUCCUCCUCCGCGCAAGACUUCUCAGCCGUACCCCACCGCUCAUCACAGCGUUGGUUUUAUCGGGAGCGGCAGGUGUAGACUGGAAGGAGGAAGCCGCGACAUAAAUCAUGCUUUGUCGGGAGCAGUCGGCUUUGGAGCACGGAUCAUGACAUGCGGCUCAUACCAGAUCUCCGUAAGCGAGGCGCCAAGGAUCACGAGUGAACAUGGGGAUCAGGUCCAGAAAUGUAGCUAACGGUUCAGAGGAGCAGAGGGACAAAAAGACAUCAGCCCCGCCCGUGGACUUGGACCAAGAGGCUGGGGUGGACAAAGAUGGAGCUCUCUUGUUGGUGGCUCCGGGUCGGGAAGAUUUCAAAAGGAGCACACAGGGUUUUGGACUGUUGGCCAAGACGCCCCUGGGGUACACGCGACCCGUUAAGCGGAAUAACAUCAGGAAGCGGAGAAUUCAAACCCUUAUUUAUGACGCCCUGGAGAGACCGAGAGGAUGGGCGCUACUGUACCACGCGUUUGUAUUUUUGAUUGUGCUGGGAUGUUUGAUAUUGGCCAUACUAACAACUUUCAAAGAACACGAAAAGGCCUCCGGCCAUUGGCUUGUUAUAUUGGAAACAUCCACCAUAUUUGUCUUCGGAACAGAGUUUGGGUUGAGAAUAUGGUCGGCAGGCUGUUGCUCCAGAUACAAAGGAUGGAGGGGGCGGCUCAAAUUUGCCCGCAAGCCUUUAUGUAUUUUAGAUAUUUUUGUGCUGAUUGCCUCGGUUCCGGUGGUUGCUGUACGUAACCAAGGCAAUGUGCUUGCCACGUCCCUGCGCAGUCUGCGCUUCCUGCAGAUUCUGCGCAUGCUCCGCAUGGACCGCCGUGGAGGCACCUGGAAACUACUGGGCUCCGCCAUCUAUGCACACAGUAAGGAGCUGAUCACCGCUUGGUACAUUGGCUUCCUGUCCCUCAUUCUGGCCUCCUUCCUGGUGUACCUGGUGGAGAAGGAUGAUGUCACCAUGGAGGUGUCGGAUACUGAUAGCCCCACCGUUAAGCCCGAACCCCAGGACUUUGACACGUAUGCCGACGCUCUGUGGUGGGGCCUGAUCACAUUGACCACCAUUGGUUAUGGGGACAAAACCCCAAAGACGUGGGCUGGGAGACUGUUAGCUGGCACUUUUGCUCUCAUUGGAGUGUCCUUCUUCGCUUUGCCUGCAGGCAUCUUGGGCUCAGGCUUAGCUUUGAAGGUCCAGGAGCAGCACAGACAGAAGCACUUUGAGAAGCGUAGGCAUCCAGCUGCUGGGCUUAUUCAGUCUGCCUGGCGAUACUAUGCCACCAAUCCAAUCAGAGAGGACCUGAUUUCUACAUGGAGAUUCUACGAAACGGUCAUCUCAUUACCCUGUUUCAGGCAAGAUAAUUUGGAGGGCAUAGCAAGUCAAAAGCUGAGUUUGCUGGAGCGUUGUCGCAUGCCUAAUUCGCGACAGUCGACAGUAGUGAGGGGCAGGGUGCUGAUGCCGGGGAACCCGGACAUUGAAGAGAGUCCUUCCAGGGAACCCAAACCCGGCGGCUUCAGUAACCGGGAGCGGUUUCGCACAGCCUUCCGGAUGAAGGCCUACACCAUGCGUCAGAGCUCUGAUGAUGCUGGACCCCUGCAGGACCCUGAGGAGAGGGGCUUUCCUGCAGACAUCCUCCUGGAGGAGAUGAUCCCCACGCUAAAGCUGGUCAUCAGGGCAGUCAGGAUCAUGAAGUUCCUCUUGAACAAGAAGAAGUUUAAGGAGACAUUGAGACCUUAUGAUGUCAAGGAUGUGAUCGAGCAGUACUCUGCCGGCCACCUAGACAUGCUCUGUAGAAUCAAAUACCUCCAGACAAGAAUAGACAUGAUCCUCGCCCCUGGUGCCCCUCUGACCCCGAAACAUAAGAAGAGUCAAAACAAACCGAACCCAUUUGCCUUUCCAACUCAACAGUCACCAAGGCAUGAGUCCUAUCUAGCCAAAGCAUCCAUUCCAGAUGCUGACCAAGACCAAAGCAUGAUGGGUAGAUUUGUCAGAGUGGAGAGACAGGUGGAGGACAUGGAGAAGAAGCUGGACUUUCUGGUGGACAUGCACAUCCAGCACACUGAGCACCUUCAGGUGGACUCGGCCGGCGCCACCCACAUGACCACGGAGCCCCUUGACCAUGUGACGGGCAACACAGGCUCUGACGGCAAGGAGGGCUGUGGCUACACUGAGAUCCGCCAGGUCUUCUUCAACUACACCGAGACAUGCCCCCAAAUGUCCUAUCAGGUGCCUGUGAGCAAAGUGACGCCUUACUACAGCUGCCGCAGGGAGCCCAGUGCUGCAGCUGGAGGGGCGGAAGGAGUUGGAGGACUGGGGCUGCCUGGGGGUGGCUACAUCCCCCCUGACCCAGUCCCACCUGGCCACCACCUAGCCCCGAUCCCUACCUUCACAGAGCGGCCCAACGUACUCCCCAUCAGCUCACUCCUGGACACCCAGGUGGCUGGACGGGAUGGAGGGCAUGGGCCACAAAGUCCCUACACGGAGCACCUCACGCUGGGGCUGGGCAGGACCAUGGGGCAGAGAGCGGUGACGGACACUUCGCCGCUAUCUAUGCUUUCUGUGAACCACGAGGAGCUGGAGCGCUCACCCAGCGGGUUCAGUAUAUCGGGGGAGCGCGAGGAUAGGGAGGACCCCGCGCUGGGGACAGCAGGCGGGUCGGGAAGGUUGCGGGACAGCCGUUACCUGGCAGAGGGGGAGACGGACACCGACACGGAACCCUUCACGCCCAGCGGGGGUGGGGGGCAACUCCCAUUGUCAUCCACAGGAGAGGGCUUCCCUGAUUCUGUAUGGAACACACCGCCCUGAAACGCUCACCAUUUUUAUUCCUUAAUCUUACACCUCCUCACCAACCCUUAUUUAGUUUGAGUCAAAUCGACAACCUUAAGCCCCUAAGCCCAUGCCUCUAAAAGCCAGUCGUCUUUGGGUUAAACGCACAUCAAUGAACUCAACGCCAUGUGCGAGUUCAAUCGGCACAUGUCAAUUAUUUUGGGUGAAAUCCAUGUCUCUACACCCAAGUCAGUUUGGAUAGACUUUAUCCCCAUAGACCCCAAUUCAAUCCAGAUUUAAUUGACACUGAAUCCUGACUCAUUUUGGUUUACACCCUACACUUUAUUGUGUGACCCAAUGGCCCAGAGAAAGCUGCGGUCUCAAGACUGGGUACACACACGAAAAGAAAAGAAAAGACACAGACUUUGUACAGUACAGCGCACUCAUCACAACAUACAUAAAGCUAAGAUGAAAAGGUAUAUAGCAUUAAUAUAAAUAUAUACGUCAAACCUUUAUCGCUGCAAAGCAAACCGCACUGCAUGUACCGCAUGCAUUCUUUUUGUCGUAGAGCCUGCAAUGUUCAGGUUUCAGGAAAAAGAAAACCGUUUUGAAUGGUACUUAUAAAUACUGUCAUUUUUAUGUAAUACUUAUUUUUUUAUAUAAAUACAUUUAAUUUU